CAUAAACCACUGACUUUCUUGCUCCAUCCUGUUCCAUCUUCACUUCCAAGUCUUUCCAUAUCUACUAACGUAUUGAUAAUAUUUCAUAAAAACCCAUCAUGUCAAAACAAGUCUCAAUUAAAAUCGCACCAGGUGUUGAGAUACCUCAGAUCGGUCUUGGUACUUGGUUAUCAAAACCAAACGAAGUUAAAAAUGCAGUCACUCAUGCAUUAAAAACUGGUUAUCGUCAUUUAGAUUUAGCUAAGAUUUAUCAAAACCAGGAUGAAGUAGCAGCUGGAAUUGAAGCUUCUGGAAUUAAAAGAGAAGAAAUCUUUUUAACUUCUAAACUUUGGAAUACUUGGCAUCAUCCUUCUAGGGUUUCAGCUGGACUUGAAGAUACAUUAAAAGAAUUAAAGACUACUUAUCUUGAUUUAUAUUUAAUUCAUUGGCCAGUUGCAUUUGAUGAACCGACCAAAGCUUCAAGUCCAGCUGAAUAUCUUUUUCCAAAAGAUGCUCCUACUGAUUCCAAAGUUAAACUUGAUCUUCAAACUUCAUUAGUCGAUACUUGGAAAGAACUUAUCAAGCUCAAAGAAACUGGUAAAGUGAAAGCUAUCGGCGUGAGUAACUUUACCAUUGAACAUCUUGAAGGUUUGAUCAAAGCUACUGGAGUGACCCCUAGCGUGAAUCAGAUCGAACGUCAUCCAUUAUUAAUCCAACCUGAAUUAAUCAAGUACUGUGAAUCCAAAGGGAUCCAUAUCACUGCCUAUUCUCCCUUAGGAAACAACUUACGAGGUGAACUUAAGAUUGUAGAUUAUCCUGAAGUGGCUGAAAUCGCAAAGAAAUUAUCAGCAGAUCCUGCUCAAGUAUUGAUUGCCUGGGGAGCUCGUGGUGGGAUUUCAGUGAUCCCUAAAUCAGUCACUCCUUCUAGAAUUGAAUCUAAUUUUAAACAAGUCGAUUUAUCAGAUGAAGAUUAUCAAACUUUAAACAAACUAGGUGAAAAGAAAGUCGUCAGAUUUAAUGUACCCAUGACUUAUACACCCAUCUGGGAUAUCAAUGUAUUCAAUAGUGAAGCUGAAAAACCAGCUACCAAUCAAAUCAAAAUCGCUUAAAUUGAACCCUGUAUUCAAUCAAUCAAUCGACCAAUCAAAUCUAAGUAUCUUACUAUGUCUUGUUUGUUUUUUACUUGAAAUAUGCUUAUGACUGUUCCCAUCUUGCUAAGUAUCUUACUAUGUCUUGUUUGUUUUUGACUUGAAAUUGCUUGUGACUUUUCCCAUCUUGUAAACCUCAAAUAAACCCAUCCAAAAAUUCAAAUUCUCUUUUCUUGAAUCUUUGUCUAACCAUCUGCAAAGUGAAUCAAAUCUUUCAAUUCAAAUUGU